AUGCCCCAAUGGUGCCAUGUUCCGCACAAAGAAUUUUCGUACGGUCUCCGUUCGAACACAACUCGGCUCGCAAGGCGUCGAGGUUUGAGGAGCCUGAGGUUGCAGAUACUCGACGGCGCAUUCGGUGUCAGUGGCCAGGAUGCUUCCAGGUCCUGCUUUCGUCUGAGGACCAGGCAGCGCAUGGAGCUCUACACUAUAACGAUUGGUCCUCAAGCGACAGCGCAUUACUUGCAAGCGAGAACAAUAAACGGCCCAGGCUCAGGGGGGAUCCCGAAGAUGCUUUUUCAUCUGGAAAGAAGCGUCAAUGCCUUUCUCACUAUGAUGUACACUCUUCAGGGGGUUCAGUUCUAUCAAGACUGCGCCAUCGGCGUCUACCAAGACGUUAAGAGCCAAGCUGUCUACAUGGAUCCAGUGGUCCAGCACAAGGUUGAGGAGGGCAAGGUCGCCCAUAAGAGGGCUGAACAGAAACGGCGGAGCGAGCUUUCUUCUCUGAUAGCAGAAAUGGAGCAACGUCUCCCUUCACAAUGCUUGACUGGAUGUCAGCCAAGAAACCAAAAGCCAGGCUACACGAAACAUGGAACACUGGAGGCCGUUUUAAACUACCACAAGCACCAGGUUACAGUGAUCGAGGAGCAGGACAAAAUCAUCGAGGCCCAAGCAGCAGCAAAUGCAGCGUUGAAAGAAAAUAUUGCGGCAUUGAUGCAGCAAGCUCAGCAAUGUGGGACGUGGAACGGACCACCCGGCUAA